AUGCAAUUUGUUUUCUGGAGUCAUUCUCAAAUUGUCACAUAUUGAGGCAAGAUGAGCAAAUUUGACAACAAAAAGCAGGCGAUCUGGUUGUUGCUGGGCUUUGCCGCCGUCUUCAACUGGGUCAUCGCAGAUGGCCAGAGUAUCGAGUACACUAUCAAGUAUGCUAGUGAUCGGGCGGCGCUGCAACAGAUCGCAGAUGAGAUGAAGGAAUUGAUCCAAAUAUCCGACCAGCGCCGCGAGCAAGAGGCUAAGGAAAACUCAAGACUGCGCAGCACCGACGGCCGCGCGCAGGCAAUCGAAUUUGAGGGACUUGGAGGAGUGUCGCAGAUACAGGUGACCAGGAUGAUGUGGCAGGUGGUCAACGCAACCUGGCAGAGACAGGAGCAGUUGGAGAAACGACUGCAAAAGGACACGGAAAGGGAAUUAAAAUGUUCCAGUGAUAUCAAAACGUUGCAACAGCAAGUUUUUAAUUUGACCAACAGGACUGAAGAAUUGGAAUUGCAAAAUCAAGAGGAUUUGGAAAGGGACGAAAAGUGUUCCAGCGAGAUUGGAGCGUUGCAACAACAAGUUUCGACAUUGAUCAAAGAGCACGAAGAAUUUAAACUGAGGAAUCAAGAAUUGCAGCAGGAGAAUUUACACGAGACAAAUCAAAGGCUGUUAGAAUUGCCUAAAACCACUGAACAGGAAACACAAAAUGAUACCAGCGUCAACUGCACCUUGGCGCGUUCAACGAAGCUUAAGACGAUUUCAAACGGGAAAAAAUACUUCUUUUCUAAUCCAUCUGCAACCGUCUGGACCGAUGCAAACGAUUGGUGCGAAAACAGGGGUCUUCACCUAGCCACCUUGAAAAACCAAACUGAUUUAGACGCGGUGCACCAGAGAGCAAAGAAUAUUUCAUCUUUAUUCUCAUGGUGGGUGUCAGCGAGAAACGAGGGGUCUGAUGAUGAACCAGACUACCGCUGGCGUGACGGCUCAAAGGUGGAGGACGAUUUGUUGGCAUUAAACAGCAACAAGACUUCAGGCUGCUUCGGAAUAAAUACUAAGCAUAAUAGAAGCCUGUACCCAGUGGAUUGUAAUGUCAACUUGUAUUUUAUCUGCGAAUUGCCGAUUGAAUGUUACUAACUAACCACUAGCUGAAGUGGCUGAACUCGGCAAUAGCUGUUUUCGCACAAUUAUGUUUACUUUCAUUUAACAACAUUUGCCAUGUCACACUGUAUUUACUUCUUAAUAGCGUGAAUAAUAUUUUAUUUUUCCUUAAUAAUAAACACAAAUAUAAUAAAUUUAAUUUUGCAA